AUUUCACAGGCUGGCAGGGCGGGGACUUCUGAUGCAAUCCUGUCUUUGUUGCUGCUGGUUGUUUAUUAUUAGCGAUAGCUGAAGAGUAGAAGCUGCCCGUUAGUUGAUGGUCGUGCCGAGUUAACAGACUGUGUGAAGAUAUUAAUCCACCUCCAUUCAUCAUUCAGAAUGAAUGACCUUAGUAAACUGGAGACUGAAGAAUUGCUCACCUGCCUUCAUGUCCAACUCUACCACCCCGAUCAGGCCUGCCGUCCUCUGUUUCACAGCCUGCCCUUAAAUACCCCAUUCACUAUGGAAGCCGAAGAUUCGCUAAGACUUGGUCGUGACGGACAGACCUGUACCUUUGUCAUAAAUGACACCUGCGUUUCUAGAAAACAGCUCUCAAUACAGGCAUAUAGAAAAACUGGCAGCUCUAAUUUCAGCUUCAUGAUCCAGAACAUGAGCCAGAGGGGUAAACUCAUGAUUGGUGGGUCUGAACUGAAAUAUCUCGAAAGAGCCGAUGUCGAUGACAAGGUCCUUCUCCGGUUUGGAAGAUACGAACUGUUGAUUUUUCAGGAACCAGGAGACUCACACAUUAAAUAUGAAGUUCUGUUUCAAACAUGCUGUACACCCCCUUCUCAGGAAAUGGGCAUAGAUGUGCCAUGCAGGCAACCCAUUUUGGAUACCGGUGGAUCAUGGAACAACUUUCAAAAUGGAGGACCUGCAAGUCAAGAUCCCCUGGAGUCAGAUGAGACUAGAAUGUUCGUAUAGGUGGUUUCCCUGGCUCCACUCAUCCAGUGGAGCCAGGGAAAUCCCGUAAUAGGCUGGAAUUAGAGCGCACAGUAGACCGUUUUCUGUCUUAAACAGAUUCUUACAUUAUAAGACUGUACAUAUUGGCAACUCUAGAGCUUGUUAACAAAAUUAUUUAAACAAUCGAAACAAACUAAUGUUAUCUUAAACCUAAUUCAUGCUUACGUUGCACACAUUUUUAUCUUUUGUUUGGAAUGUCACUCUACCAGUUUUUGUUUUUCAACUCUUGUACAGACUGUAGAAUUGUACUGUUUUAUGUUGUAAUACAUUUCACUAAAUAUUAUUGAAUAUUUUUUACACAAAUGCUUUGGUGCCUUUUCUUCAUUUUUUAUGUGUCCAUCACAUCAAUGUGUUUGGUUAGUGUUAUACUGUAGAGUGUUACACAAUGAAACAUGAAUCAUAAGUCUCAGAAAAAUGUGAAAUUCCUACGAUUGAAGUGUUUUCAUACUGCUUUUAACAUUAUAUAACUAUUUUAUUUAAAACCUAACUAUUGUUAUUUUACACAUUGUUUGGUAUGAUAACUGAAACAUUCAAAUAAAAAGUACUUUAAUGAAGUA